AUGAUGUCAUCAGGCAGUGACAGUGAUGAAGACUAUGUACCAAAAGAACCCGAGAAGCUAUCUGAAGAAGACUCAGCAGAUGAAGAAACUGAAGUACAAUAUGAAAAUGAAAUAGAGCAAAAGAGUAAAAAACGUAAAGCUGUUCCAAAAAAGUGUAAAAAGAAAAAGAAGGCUACGAAUGGUCUCCAGGAGACUGAAGACAAUGGAAAAGUUGAAAUACCUGAUGCAACAAAAGACCCUGAAGAAGAAAAGAAAAGAGAGGAAGAUCUUUGGGCUAAGUUUUUAGAGGGAACUGACACAAAACCCAAAUCUAGUAUAAAAGAUUCUCAUAGUGAAACAAAGCCUACCCAUUCUAGUGCAGAAUGUGAUAAAGGGAUACAAUUAUCAAAAAAUUCUAAUCGGGAUAUUGAAAGUGAUAAGGAAAGAGAAAGAAGAAUUUUUGAAUUUGCAGGUGAAACUAUUAUUGUGGAAAACAAUGUUAUAAAAGAAAAAAUCAAAGCAGCUGAGAGUUCACCUUCAGUAAGUAAAGAUAUUCCUUUAAGAAGUCGUGGAUCUGGUGGCUUAUCAAAUGUUUUGGGACAGUUGAAUAAAAAGAACAAGCUCUCAACACUUGAAAAAUCGAAGCUUGAUUGGAAUACAUAUAAAAAAGUGGAGGAUAUUGAAGAUGAAAUUCAAAGUCACAAUAAAGGAAAGCAAGGAUAUUUGGAGCGUCAAGAUUUCCUAGCACGCGCAGAUGUCCGUCAAUAUGAAAUUGAACGAGAUUUAAGGAUGAGCAAAAGGGGUAACCGAUAA